AUGUCCACGUCGAAAACGAGCACGACGGCCGCCGCCGCCGCCACCGAGGCCGACGCCAAACCCAAGAUCAUACUACAGCCCGUGGCCAUCUACGACACGCCACUGUCCAGGGGCGUCUCCGUGGGCCGCGUCGCCGUGCUGCUGGGCCUGCUGGCAUGGGGCAUGGACGGCCUCGUCGCGGACCCCGCGCCGGCCCUAUCGCGAGCGCUGCCGGUCGUCGCCGCCGUGCAGGCCGUCUACGCCGCCGUGUGCAUCCCACCCGCCGGCUCGUCGUCGUCGCAGGGCAGCGGUGGCAAGGGCAAGAAGCCGCGGCCGGGCGAGAAGCCCAAGAAGCACGACGGAGGUUCCAACCCGAUCUCUAGCGUCAUCGUCGCCCUCGUCCUCUCCUCGCUGGCCGUCCCCGCGCUGCACGCGCUACUCGUCCUCUUCGGCGCGCCCUUGCUCGAGCACGCACCGCGCACCGCGCUCUGCGCCGCGCACAUCGCCCUGCUGGCCCGGUGGCCCGUGACGAUCGUCGUCGGCGCGUACGUCGGCGCCGCGGCGGGGAGCCUGCUGGCGGGCACGGUGCUCUUCGGCCGGCGGAUGGCCGGCCACGCGGUCAAGGCGGACUGA